CCCGCCUUUCCUGACUUCCGCAGCUGGACCUUUUUUCUAUUGGUCCAUCGUUUCGGAGUGCAGAGAACAACAAACAAGAUAGGGUGAAGACCAUCGGGAUGGAUGCAGCUACCUUGACAUAUGACACACUUCGUUUUGGAGAGUUUGAAGAUUUUCCCGAGACCUCAGAUCCAGUGUGGAUCUUAGGGAAAGAAUACAAUGCCCUCACAGAGAAAGAUAACAUUUUAUCAGACGUUGCUUCACGGCUGUGGUUCACAUACAGAAAAAACUUCCCACCUAUUGGUGGGACAGGACCAACAUCGGAUACAGGAUGGGGAUGUAUGUUACGAUGUGGCCAGAUGAUACUAGGCGAGGCCUUGAUGCGGAGACAUCUAGGCAGAGAUUGGAGAUGGGCCAGAAGUCAGAAACAAAGAGAGGAGUACAUCAGUAUUCUCAAUGCAUUUAUUGACAAAAAAGACAGUUAUUACUCCAUCCAUCAGAUUGCUCAGAUGGGAGUUGGAGAAGGAAAGCCUAUAGGCCAGUGGUAUGGACCAAACACAGUUGCCCAGGUUUUAAAGAAGUUGGCAGUGUUUGAUACGUGGAGCAGAUUAGUUGUACACGUGGCGAUGGACAACACUGUGGUCAUCGAGGAGAUUAAGCGCCUCUGUAUGCCCUGGCUGGAUGCUGCAGGAGCCUGUGGCGAGUCAGAGGGCGUAGGGGAGCUCAACGGUUGCCUGGAAGGAGCAUGUGCCCUGACUGAGGAGGAGACAGCGCUCUGGAAACCUCUGAUUCUGCUCAUACCCCUAAGACUGGGCCUGAGUGAUAUAAAUGAGGCCUAUAUCGAAACACUUAAGCAAUGCUUCAUGCUGCCUCAGUCCCUUGGCGUUAUUGGUGGAAAACCAAACAGUGCCCAUUACUUCAUCGGUUUUGUCGGAGAGGAACUUAUCUAUUUAGAUCCACAUACUACACAGCCUGCUGUCGAGCCAAGUGAAGAUGGCCUGGUCCUUGAUGAGACGUAUCAUUGUCAGCACCCACCCUGUCGCAUGCACAUCUGUGAACUGGAUCCAUCGAUUGCAGCGGGUUUCUUCUGCAGAACAGAGGAUGAGUUUGAUGACUGGUGUAUGCGCAUAAGAAGGGUACAUCUGUGUGAACACUGCUCCUUUGUCACAUCCUUGAGUCAUCUUUCCUGCAACAGAGGGGGCCUGCCCAUGUUUGAACUUGUAGACAGUCAGCCUUCUCACAUGGUCAGCGUUGAUGCCCUAAACCUUACGCCUGACACUCACUUUGCAGAUUUCUCAGACUCAGACCGGUUGGAGCGGUUCUUUGAUUCAGAGGACGAAGAGUUUGAGAUCCUUUCCCUAAGGGAAGCCUGAGGGGAUGAACAUUUUUUGGAGACCUCUUCAGCCAGUCCAGCUCCGAUGGUGUAGUCAGUGUGUGUCACACAGCUUCCUUUCAACAGCCUCCGAAUGCUCUCUGUAUCCAACAUUGAGACUGCCUGGUGGAAGCCGUAGCAGGAGCUCAGGAUAAAUUCUGUAUGCACAUCUUCACAUACAUGUGAUUCCAUUUGAGUCUUAACACUUUAAAUGUUUAUUCUGAAGUGAUAUGGUGCCUUUCCCUGACUCCAUAAGUAAAAAUGCCAUUACAGUUUUAUGUUGUAUAGGAACACAAUGGUUCAUGAUGCCCAUGGCUUAAGCGGUUGGUCACUAAUAACUGAAGUCUGUAACAAAACCAAAUUUUGUCAGAUAUAAAGAAAAGAUGUAUCCUUGCCAAGAGUGAAGCUACACUAGCUCAUUUGAAGUUAAUUUAUUUAAUCAACACAAUAUUUAGAAGUGAAAGAACAAUAGACAUGUAAGAAGAUUAAAAAUAAAAUAAGAGAUAUUUGAAAGUA